GUUUCAGGCGGGUUGGUUGGACAUGCGUUUUCACAAUUCCUAGUGUUGCAAUCCAUUUUCUUUUUCUUGGUUUUUCCAUUUCAAGAUUUUUCAUUUUUCAUUCGCAGCUUUCCCACUUGACUCACCAACUAAUAUUCAAACAAAAUGAAAAGGAAAACUCAACUCAGUCUCAUCAUCCCCUACGUAUUCUCUGACAAACACUGCACAAUCAACACAAAGAUAUCAUUUUUAUUAUUAUUCUUAGCUUUAGCUUCUCAUUGUCUUCUGUACUGACAUUCUCUUCUGUUAUUGAUUCCUUUCAUUUACACAACCGUCUUUCUUCAGGUUCGAUCAAUUUAGUAGCAUUCUUCUUGAUUGAUCAGACCCCAACAAGAGCAAAGCCAGGAUUUCUUAUAAAAAUGGUUCUUGGUCUAAGAUCAAAGAACAGAAAAGGCACUUCAUUGCAGGUUGAUUACCUCAUUCACAUACAAGAAAUCAAGCCUUGGGCCCCAUCCCAAUAUAUGAAAUCUGUGGAAUCUGUAUUACUUCAAUGGAAGAAUGGUGAUAAGAGUUCUGGGUCUUUCACUUCCAAUGUUGGAGAUGGGAAAGUUGAAUUUGGUGAGACUUUCAUGCUUCCGGUUACGCUUUACAAGGAAACAUCCAGAAAAAGCACUGCUUGUGACAGUUUUCAGAAGAACUACUUAGAGUUAAGCUUGUAUGAUCUUCGAAAAGACAGGGCAUCGAAAGGCCAACUCUUGGGAUCAGCUGGUAUAAACGUUGCAGACUAUGGAAUCAUCAAAGAUAGCAUAACCAUAAGCACUCCGAUCAACUUCAAGAAGAGUUCUAAGAGUACAGCGCAGCCAAUUCUUUAUGCUAAUAUCCAACCAUUUGAUAGAGAUAACUCUAGCUUGUCUCAAGAAGUGUCACUGGACAAUGAUGGAAGUGAAUCUUUUUCAGAAGUGAUAAAUGAAGGGAAUGAUGAGGAAAGUGAGAUAGCAUCAUUCACUGAUGAUGAUAUUGAUGAUAAUUUUUCCUCACAUUCAUCAAGGACUGUUUCCUCCUUUGCUUUUGAGCCUAGCAAAGGUUCACCUGCUCGGGAUGAAAAGAAUUUACCAGGAUCAGUAAACAAUGACACAAGGAGGGUCCAUGGGGAACCUACUCUGCCCUCAGGUGUGGCACCUUCAAACCCGGAGGUUAAUUCCAUAGCUGAAGAUUUCAAACAUCUGAAUGGAGCUUCAUCCACUCCAUCAUCAAAAAUCUUAUCGUCUAAUUUGCAGAAUUGUGUAAAUGAUCUUGGGGCCAAAGUUGUGUUGCCCAAUAAUUAUACUCAGGUGGGUAAGAACUCAAACCAUGCAGGUCUUCGUGUGUCUCAAACCAAUCAUGAGGCUGACAGAAAAGGUUGGAAUGAUGAUAAAAAUGAACAAGAGGUGGCUAAAACUAGUAAUUUACAUGAUGGUCUUAUGGAAGAUAAACUGAAAAAGGAGCAGGAAGAUAAUGCACGGGAUGAGGAGUUUAUGGUGUCAAAGAACCAUGCAUUAGAGGUGGAACAAUUUGUUGGUAAAUUACCUCAAGAAGCUAUGAAAAGGCAAGCCAAUUUAAGAAGUAAUACCCCUGCAUCCAACAGGAUGUCAAAUGAAGUGCAGGCUGAUACACGCAGAGAUAAAUUCAAGCUUCUGAAAUCUGUUCAACUACAGUUUGAUGUAGCUGAAAGUGAUGAACCCUACAACAAUAUCGAGUUUAUGAAGAAUGCAAAGAAAAAUGAUGUUCCUGAAAAUUUUCACAAAGGUGGUUUAAAUUACAAAUCAAGUGAAAAACAAAAGAUAGCAAACAACCAUUCUGACAACAAAGUCCAAUUGAAAUCUGAAGUUGAAAUGCUUGAGAAAGAGUUAAGUGAAGCUGCUGCUAAAGAGAUUGGUCUUUACCCAGCUGUUGCCGGGCAUGGAAACUCUACGAAAAACCUUCAGCUUAUUGAGAAGGCAAAGGAAAUUGAUGUUUCUGGAGACAUUCCCAAAGUUGAUUCUAGUUGUGCACUAAGUGAAAGAGAACAAACAGAUAGCAGCUUUUCUGGAUUCAAAGUUGAAUUGGAGUCCAAAGUUGAAAUGCUCAAGGAAGAGCUGGUGGAAGCUGCUGUUCUUGAGGUUGGCCUUUACUCAGUUGUUGCUGAGCAUGGGAGUUCUGCAAAUAAAGUUCAUGCUCCAGCUAGGCACAUUUCCAGGUUCUAUCUUCGUGCUUGCAAGGCAAGUUCACUGGCUUCAAGGGCAAGUGCAGCUAGAGCUAUCAUCUCAGGAUUAGUUUUGACUUCUAAAGCAUGUGGAAAUGAAGUUCCAAGGUUAACUUUUUGGCUGUCAAAUUCAAUUGUGCUGAGAGCAAUUGUAAGUCAGGUUGUUGAGAAAUUGCAACUUGCAGUAGCACCUUCCGUCAAUACAAAUGGGGGUCAAAAGGGCAGGCAAGAGGCCUCUCCUUGUGAAGAUGGGGAAACUGAUAAAUCAAAAAGUUCUGAUGAGUGGGAGGAACCUCAAACAUUUAUAGUAGCAUUGGAAAGGGUUGAAGCUUGGAUUUUCUCACGAAUUGUUGAGUCAGUUUGGUGGCAGACUCUGACUCCUCAUAUGCAGCCCACAGCAGUGAAGGGCUCAAAUUCGAAGAAGACACAUGCUAGGGGGCAUGGAUUAGGUGUCCAAGAACAAGGUAAUUUUGCUGUUGAUCUAUGGAAGAAAGCUUUUAAGGAUGCAUUUGAAAGGCUGUGCCCUAUUCGAGCUGCGGGGCAAGAAUGUGGUUGCUUGCCUGUGCUGGCUAGAUUGAUAAUGGAGCAGCUGGUGGGUAGAUUAGAUGUGGGCAUGUUCAAUGCCAUUCUUCGUGAAUCAGCAGAUGAGAUGCCAACAGAUCCUGUUUCUGACCCCAUUAGUGAUCCAAAGGUGCUACCAAUACCAGCUGGAAAAUCAACCUUUGGGGCUGGCGUACAAUUGAAAAAUGCUGUAGGAAACUGGUCUAGAUGGCUCACAGAUUUAUUUGGAAUUGAUGAUAAUGACUCUCUGGAAGAUUUGAAUGAACAUGAUAGCAACAAGAUAGAAUGUGAGACUUCAUUCAAGGCUUUCCACCUCCUUAACGCAUUGAGUGACCUCAUGAUGCUUCCAUUUGAAAUGCUUGCAGAUAGGUCAACAAGAAAAGAGGUAUGUCCUAUAUUUGGUGCACCGAUCAUCGAGAGGGUUCUUAACAAUUUUGUCCCAGAUGAAUUCAACCCGGACCCUAUCCCAGAGGCAAUUUUCAACUCCCUGGAUUCUGAGGACCUUGCUGAGGAUGGGAAGGAGUCGAUAAGCUUUCCAUGCAUGGCCACUUCUACAAUAUAUUCACCACCUCCAGCAGCUUCACUAACAAACAUUAUAGGAGAGGUGGAAAAUCAAACAAUGGAAAGAAGUGGAUCAGCAGUGCUUAGAAAAUCUUACACUAGUGAUGAUGAACUUGAUGAGUUGGAUUCACCUUUGACUUCUAUCAUCAUUGACAAUUACAGGACUUGUGCUCCAACAGCAUCAAAUUGGAUGCCGAAAAGUAAUGGAGGCCGGAAAGUUGUCAGAUAUCAACUCCUUCGACAAGUAUGGAAGGAUGGUGAAUAGCUUUGUUCAUUUCCUGCCUCAGUCUCAUCCUCCCUCUUUGUCCCUGUCCUUGCUUGCCGUAUAGUAUGUACAUAGAAACAUAAAAUUUUUGCAGGCUGGUUGAUUUAUUAAUGUUCUGAGCUGUAAAUAUUUGAUUCCAUAAGAAUUGAAACAGAGAUUAAUGUACACUUGGAGAGUUUUCAUGUGACAGAAUUUCGUGAUUAUGGUGCUCCUAAAUAGAACUUUACUUGGACUGAUUAAAAUUAUAAA